AUGAAACAGAGGUCGAAUUCAAGGAAAUUUCACCACAGAUGGAAGAGGAAGUUUUCUACUCUGAUAUUGCUCGUUUUUUGUUUUGCGACAUUUGUUUUGAUGGAGUCGCAGUGCAGUAGAAUCAAAAUGCUGAAGCUGAUCACGCCACGUAUGCAAAAGCCGAAAAUGGCUUUCCUUUUUAUAGCUCGAAAUCGGAUCCCACUCGACAUGGUUUGGGAUGAAUUCUUUCGGGGUGAUGCAGAAAAUUAUAGGUUUUCGAUUUAUGUUCAUUCGAGACCUGGAUUCGUUUUCAACACGAUAACGACAAGAUCAGCGUUCUUCUUGAACCGCCAAAUUAAUGAUAGUAUACAUGUAGAUUGGGGUGAAGCAAGCAUGAUCGAGGCAGAGCGUAUUUUGCUUCGUCACGCGCUGAUGGAUCCUUCUAAUACGCGAUUUUUGUUCCUUUCGGACAGCUGCAUACCUUUGUACAAUUUCAGUUAUACAUAUGACUAUAUAAUGUCUGCUUCGACUAGCUUUGUCGAUAGCUUCGCGGACACAAAAGAAGGACGUUACAAUCCGAAAAUGAAUCCGGUGAUUCCUGUCGACACCUGGCAAAAAGGAUCACAGUGGGUUGUUUUAACCAGAAAACACGCUCGAAUUGUGGUUGAAGAUGAAAUUGUAUUUCCUAUGUUUCAAUUGCAUUGUAAGGCAAGUUUAUCUUUGCCUGAAUUUUGGAGGGAAGGUUCUCCGCCUACAGAUGCAUCUAAGGAACAUAACUGUAUACCGGAUGAACAUUAUGUUCAGACUUUGCUUAAUCAAAAAGGCUUUGAAAAAGAGAUUACUCGAAGGUCGUUGACUUAUAGUUCUUGGGACCUCUCUUCUAGUCGAGAUCCUCAGAGGCGAGGAUGGCAUCCGGUGUCUUAUAAGUUAGCCGAUGCUACCCAAAACCUUAUACAAUCUAUUAAGGCCAUAGAUAACAUCUACUACGAAACCGAGUAUAGAAGAGAAUGGUGCAAUAGUAAGGGGAAGCCUUCGAAGUGCUUCCUUUUCGGGAGGAAGUUUACACGGCCAGCCGCUCUAAGGCUUCUUAAUAUGUCUGCUCUAGGUAUUUCAACUAGAUCAACAGGUACAGCCUGA